AUGAAGGGAGUCAAUCAGACGGACAUCAUCCAGGUCCUCAAGAGCCAUAUCAUCCAUAGAUUUGGGCUCCCAGAAACGAUCACUUGUGACAAUGGGAGCAUUUUCACCGCGGACGAAGUCGUUGCAUUUGCAGUUGAGCUGGGAAUAACAUUCACCCACUCUACCCCAUACUAUGCGCAAGGCAAUGGACAGGCCGAGGUCAAUAGUAAGAUUCUGAAGGGGUGCUUGGCUAAGGUGGUGGACGACAACCCACGAAGGUGGGCAGAUAUGCUCUCUGAAGUCCUUUGGGCAUUUAGGACGUCACAGCAAACCAGCACGGCCACUACGCCCUUUGCUUUGACGUACGACCAUGACACAGUGCUUCCAAUUGAGAUUAGUGUGAAGUCAGCACGAGUGGGGUACCAGCAGGGACUUAUGCCAAUGACCUACAGCGAGGCAAUGUUGGCCGAGCUUGAUGACUUGGAUUAG